AUGCCCGGGGUUUCCUUUUCUCCCAUUGCACUCCAGCCUCUCCGGUCCAUACAAGAAGAUCAGGUCUAUGUCUAUUAUGAUGAUGGCCCCGAUGGCCCCGAUUCGGACCUAGAAGACACCGAAGCUGCCUUCGAGAAAGCGACAGCUUCGACAUCUUCUUUCUACUCGCCCCGGCGAGUGCGGUGGAAAUGCUCGUAUCUGCAAUGUGAUUGUGGACCCUUGUCUCGACCAGCGAUGUACUGCCGCACCCUUCGGAGGCCAUUUUUUUUUCUUGUGGGCGCUCUUGGCUUCAUCACUCUCAUCUCCUUCGCGUGGGAUAGCCUCGUCUCCUUUCUCGCAGAAAGCCGUGAAACAGGCAUCUUCCCUGGCCAACCCCCGUCGCUCUUUUCAGAUUGGCUGACGCAAGGCGUCAUCCCCGUGGCCUGCCACUCCCACAAUGACUACUGGCGCCGCGUCCCACUUUUCUCAGCUCUCGCCGCCGGGUGUAUUAGUGUUGAGGCCGACAUAUGGCUCGACGGCGAUGACCUGCGUGUCGGACACACCCUCCGCACCGUCCUCCCAGGCCAGACCCUGCGCACUCUCUAUCUCAACCCUCUCCUCGAUAUCCUCGAACGCCAUAACCAGCCUCCCACACUCACUACCACCAUCACUACCAGCAGCAAUUCUACCUCCCAAUCCUUCAUUUCAUCCCCAUCGCCAAAUUUAGACCUCAUCGGCGUCUUCGCCACAAACACCUCCCAAUCCCUCACUCUCCUCAUUGACUUCAAAGCCUCUCCGGACCUCCUCUGGCCCAUCUUGAUCAAACAACUUCAACCCCUGCGUGAGAAGGGUUACCUCACCCAUUUCAACGGCUUCUCCAUUAUCCAACGCCCCCUCACCAUUGUCGUCACCGGCGCGGCCCCCUUUCCCCGCAUCCGCGACGCCUACACCUACCGCGACAUCUUCUACGAUGCCCCCCUCGACGACUUAGCUACAGACUCCCCCUACAAUGCCUCAAACAGUUACUACGCCUCCGUCGACUUCCAUCGCGCCAUUGGCGCGCUCCCGCUAGGUAGGCUCUCGCAGGACCAGCUCGCCAAAGUGCGCGGCCAGAUUGACGCCGCGCAUGCGCAUGGGCUGAAGGUGCGAUACUGGGGGACACCGAAGUGGCCGGUGGGGUUGCGGAAUUAUGUGUGGAAGAUGUUGGUGCGUGAGGGCGUGGAUGUGCUGAAUGUGGAUGACCUGCAUAGCGCGACAAGAGGAGAUUGGAAGGAGAGGGGGUGGUGGAGAUGA